AUAUAUAAAAUUUUAACUACAAAAAACGUAUUGUUACGCGUACAAUUGCACACCCUAAACAUGUUCAGGACACCGUCAGUGUAAUUCUACAGUCUCAUACUAUUGAUUGUGGUAUGUUUAAGGUGUAAAUUUUUUGAAAAACUCUUAUUGGUUUCUGGUAAAUUUUCUAGAUUAUAUAUAAUGAAUAGUAAAUAUAGUAUAUGAAAUUUGAAGUGUACUAAAGGGUAUCUGUAAGACAGAAGUCUUGGCUGUAAGGUAUGGACAGAAGGUACUGUUACAAAGAUUUGCUACCUUUUAUGGUUCUUGUUGGCAAUGAAUGCAUCAUAACAGGAGUAUACACUUUGUUCAAAGCAGCAACUUUGCAAGGAAUGAGUAAAUAUGUCUUUGUUGCUUAUUCUUAUACUGUAUCAACUAUCUUCCUCUUUCCUGUGUAUUUUUUUUAUAGAAGAUCAAGAGUGGUUCCUCAACUCCGUUUCUCCAUCUUAUUUAAAAUUGCACUUCUUGGAGUCAUAGGAUGUUCAGCUCAGAUUAUGGGGUAUGCUGGCAUCAGUUACAGUUCUCCUACACUUUCCUCUGCAAUUGGAAAUCUAAUUCCUGCUUUCACAUUCAUGUUAGCUGCCAUUUGCAGGAUGGAAAAGUUAGCUAUAAAAAGUAGAACUACACAAGCUAAGGUUUUGGGAAGCAUUAUAUCAAUAUCAGGUGCAUUUAUAGUGACUUUCUACAAAGGAAAAUCAAUUAUCAUUGCUCAUAUUUCCUCUUCCUUUUAUCUUCAACACUCCUCAAAUGGCAUUCUUGCAUCAGUAGAUAUAAAUUGGUCCAUUGGUGGCCUUUUGCUGACAGUAUCCAAUAUACUACUUACCAUAUGGUUCAUUGCUCAGGUUGAAAUCAUGAAGGAGUUUCCAGAUGAACUAACUUUGGUCUUCUUUCACAACUUAUUUGCAACCAUUUUGGCUUUAGGUGUAGGUUUAUUAGCAGAGACAAAUAGUAGUCUUUGGAAUAUAAGACUAGACAUAUCACUGAUCUCUAUUGUCUGCACGGGAAUAUUUGGCAAGUUCCUGAGUAGUGCAGUAUAUGCUUGGGCAAUACACUUAAAGGGUCCUGUAUAUGCAACAAUGUUCAAGCCACUUUCAAUUAUUAUUGCUGUUGUCAUGGGUAUGGUGUUCCUUGGUGAUACUCUUCAUAUUGGAAGUAUAAUUGGAGCCACAGUAAUCUCAAUUGGUCUUUAUGCUGUAUUAUGGGGAAAAACAUCAGAAGAUAUAAAGAAGGAUAUUGUUGGUACCUUUGAGUCACCAGAGAAUGCACCUCUGUUGCAAGGUUAUAGAACUUAUCAAACCUUUGAAAAGAAAACAGUUGCAAAUGUUUAGAAACACGGUCAUCAAAUCGAGAUUCAAUCAUGACUCAAAAGCCCUAUACACCAAAUCAUGAAUCGUAAGAUACAUGCGUUACACGCAAUGAAAGUAUGAUAUUUUAAGUAAAAACAAGUGAAAUAUGUAAAUAGUGUAAGUUGAUAUAUCAUAUUCAAACUUCGAAAUAAAUGGAGAUUUAAGUCAUAAACCAAAAUGGCAAAAGAAAUAGGUUUAUUGUCCAAAGUUGUCAAAAAAAAGUGUGGCCGGCUACGUACACAGGUUUAAUUUAAGGGAAACUAGUGAUUCAUCUGAAUUUAUCGGGAUUCGUGUCUAAAGUGUAUAUGUAGAACAGUUAAUAUUGACAUGAUUUAGUUUUAUUUCGAAUCGAGAUACACCUUUGACACCAUGUAUAGUAUGGCAUUGAUAGCCAUGUUUAAAAAGACAAGUAAAAAUUCUUCACCUUCAUUAAAACAUGAAGUGAAGUUUCCA